AUGAUGAAUUAAGAGAAAUUGCUAAAUAACUAAGAGUCUCAGUAGGAUGAUUCGAAAUAUGAAUACGAAGAUCCUAAUCACUCAUAGACUACCUCUCAAUAGCAAAAUGAGGCAUAGCAAGGUGAUAAUAAAUAUCAUGAGUCAAACGCAUAGUUGAAUGAUAUUGAAUCUAAAAGAGGUUAUUAUGAUAAUAUUUAAGAAAAAAAAGGAUCAGAAACAGAUCGCGGUGAGUUUUUUAAUCCAAUUUUACCAUUUUUUUCUAUGGAAAUUGCUUUAAGACAUGCUAAAGCAAACAGAGUCUUUAGAGAAUCUAUAGAUAGGUCGACAAUGUCUGAUUCAUUGAAUGUUAAUCCUAAUGACAUUUGCCCUUGCUGCUCCAAUGUUAUAUAACCAGAUAGCGAAUUAAUUCCUAUUUGGAAAAGUACUUACCAAGAUUUAUCAUACUUGGGUCCUACUUAUCCUAUGUACUUUUAGUUUAUGAGAUACUCUAUAGCUUUUAUAUCGAUUAUUUUCCUUAUAUCUGGAAUUUAUAAUUUGAUUGCAAAUAGCUAAGGUGAUUACUGUAAUAAACUUUCAAAAUAGUUCCCAAAUAACUUGACUAAGAUUUGCUAAGAUAGCGUUUUUGAAACCACAGCAGGAUCAAAUAGAGACAGAAACGAUCCAGAUUUUGGUAAUGCUAUCUUGAACUUAAUUACUUGCAUAGUGAUGAUGAUAUUUAGCACAGCUUUUAGGGUUAGGUAGAUUAAAUUCGAAAAAGAGAUAGACAAAUCUGACAUCUCUGUUUCUGAUUACACUGUUUUUAUUAAUAAGAUUCCUCUUAACAAAACGCGCUAAGAUAUAAUUAAUUUUUUAUAGAGCUAAGUUCCAGGCAUUAAAGUAGAGAAAGUAGUGUAAGCAUUCAAAUUAAAAAAAUUCUAAGAAUUGAAUUAAAGAAUGCUUUAAGCAAAAUCAGAAUAAGAAAGAAAAUAAUUUUUAAAAGAAAUUAAGCUGUACGAGAAGCAAUGCUUCGAUGAAGAUGGAAUUAGUGAUACUUUCUGUGGAGCUGCAUUUGUCAGCUUUGAGAAAGAAGAAUAAAAAGUAAAGGUAGUUGAUCAUUUUGAUUAUAAUUACUGGAAACAAAUUCUGAAGCUUGAAAAGGUAGAUGAGACAAAAUUAUUUGAUGGAUUCUAAAUUCAUGUAGAGUAAGCUAAAGAGCCUGGCGAUACCAACUGGGAAAAUAUUGAAUUUGAUGCUCAGACUAAGUUCAAAAGGAGAACUUUUACAUUUAUUUUGACUCUCUGCUUCUUGGCACUUUCUUUUUGGGCAAUUCUUGAAAUCGGUGAUGAAUAAGGCAGAACAAGAAGCGAAACAAAUGAUUAAGUUAAAUUGACUAUUGUAUCAACAAUUUCAUCAAUCUUAACAGUUUUGGUUAACUUAAUUUUACAGACCCUUAUUUAAUACUUUUCUAGCUUCGAAGCAUACAAUUUUAAAACAGAUACAAUUAUUAGUGUUGCUAAAAAAUCUGGUAUUGCAUAAUUUAUUAAUACAACUAUUGUUUCCUUUUUCGUAAUGAUCAUCUUGAAUGGUCGUUAGAUAUGGAUUAAUGGUGGCUUAGUAAGUAGUGUAACCUCUAUUGCUGUUACAAACGCACUACUGCCUGCUGUUAUAGCUUUUGUAAGUCCAGAAAAUAUUGUAAAGUAGAUUGAACAAAAAAUCUUUUUGAAGCUAAGCGAUAAGAAGAAGAAAAUGGUAUCACAACAAUUUGUCCAUUCUUUGUUUGAGCUACCAUAGUUCAACCCUGCUGCAUGUUUUGCAGCUGCUGCAAAUGCUUUACUAUUCUCAGCUUUUUAUGCUUGGAUCAUACCUAUUUCUCUUCCUUUCUGCAUUAUUUCUUUAUCUCUUUAAUUCUUCGUUAAUAAAUACAAAUUGUUAAGAAGAUAAAGUGUUCCUGUUCCUCUUGGAACAGAAUUACCUGAAGAAAUGGUUGAUUUCUAUUUUGAAAUCAUCAUAGUUUUUUACUCGUUAGGUUGCUUAGCUUUUGAAAUAGUUCUCUACUCUGAAACUCAUGUGUGCACAAUAUUAAUGGUAGUCCUAAGCGGAGUGUUUUAUUUUGCACCAAUAAACGAAUACAUAGAUUCAAAACUUUAGGCUGAGAGUAACUACAUUGAAGAGUUACCCUAUAAAGAAGCAAAAUCAUAGGGUCACUUUUCUUCAGACUACGAUAGACAUAAUCCUGUUUUGAAAUCUAGAUCUAUAUAAAAAUACAUUAACAAAUUAAUAGAUAAGGAGCAAAGUGCUUAAAAAAAGGAAACAUUAAUCUAAGUUUUUUAUGUAUAGCCUUCAUAACUUGGAUUGCUAGAUAUUUUAAGUUCAACUAAAUAAGAUAUAGCUAAAGAAGAACUUGCUAUGAAGCACUAAUCCAUAAACAUAGAAACCAGUAGUUGA